ACUGUCAAAAGAAGUCAAUGUGAUAAUGUGAAAAAAGCUCUUUAAUUUUUUACGCACUUACGGCUUCAUAGGAGAAAAAUCUUAUUUUAUCUUAUUUAAUUUAUACGUUAAAAAAACUGAACAGCUUUAUUUUGUGAAUGCAGUGCUUGAGUUCCUGAAAAUAUAAGUUAUUUUCGUGGGGACAAACUGUUAGAGCGAUAGACUGUACAAAAUGGUUGCUACAAAACCUUUGCAAAAACGUCGUGGUGGUUUCAACAGUAUGCCCGGUAGACCACGUUUUAAACCCGGAGGUGGUCCCAAGCAGUUUAAUGCUCACAAUUUGUAUAACGUAAAUCAAUUAGAUGAUAAUCCAGGUUUCGUAGAUUUCAACGACGACGUUAAGGUUCCGGUAGACAGCGCAGCUCAAAAUGAAGCAAACGCAACAAAUUCAACGCUCGCUGCAACCAACAGUACUUCCACUGUUUCUACAAUUGCAAAAUCACAAGAUCUAAAAGGUUCUAAUAAUCGGAAAGGGAAUCUUAGUGUAAAACGACCGAAUGUUCGGAAUAAUAAUCGACGAAUGUUUCCGGCAAUGAAUGCACCGUGGGGCCCUCCGAUGCCUCCUAUGCCCCCAAUGUAUCCAGUAGGUGGUGGCCGACGCAACGGACCAUACCCACCAAUUCCUCCACCGCAUUUUCGUGUUCCACCAAUGGGAAUGCGUGGUAUGCGAGGUGGUCCAAUGAUGCCACCUCCUCCUCCGAACGCUCGCUUCGGUAUUUCUCCCAUAGGCCCCGGUCCUAUGGGAAUGAUUCCAAGACCAAUUCCGCCGAUGCCUCCGAUGCGGGGUCCAAUGAUGAAUCCCAUGGGUCGUGGUUUGCCUCCAGCGUUAAGAAAUCGCCCCGAUGGCUUGCCACCGAUGCGACGUAACACAAAUGGAAAGCUCCCACCCGGAGGCCGACCUGGAAAACCUGGUAGAGUGGUCAACCGUCCCAAUGCAAUCACCAAUGGAAGAGUAGUCAAGCCCCUAAGUAAAAAGCCUCGCGGAAAGGUACCGGCCAAAGCUAGAGAGGAAUAUCCCCUGGAUAAACCAUGGGUAACCCAAGAAAUUAAGGAUGAACACGACAAAAAAGUGGAGCUGGCUGAAAGGUUAAAAGGCCAUAAGGAUGACGCCUUGUUUGGUCAGUUCAAGGAGCAGCGGGACAAAUUUGUCAAAAUGUACGACGCAGCCAGGUUGGAGUUCAUCGGGAAGCAUCCCGAACAGGACGUUGAUAAAAUUCUGACCGAAUCUGUGGCUGACAAAAAUGCCAAAACUGAAAAUAAAAAUUCAAACGAUGCAGUUUCUACUGAUACUCCUGGCGCUACAGUUGCUGGUGAUACUACUACUACUACUACUACGGCUACCACUACAACCGCUACCGCUAGUGAUGCCGGGAAAUCUUCGGCUUCCUCCGCCUAAAGCUCUAAAUCCACAAUCUAAUUUCUUGUGCUUGCCCGUGGCUAAUACAAACAUUGCAUUGCGCUCUCAGUAACUGAAUCCGUUCAAUUAUAUGCCACGAAGCAAGCGGAGGAAGCGCGGUAUCUUAAAAGAAAUCAUCUCUAUUCCGGUCACUGACUUAAUCUAGAAUCGCUUAUUCUGUAACCAGAGAUUUGUUUGAAGUUUUAAAAUUACUAUUUUACUAUUAGUAUUGAACUAGAGCUCAAAAAACUUUUGAAAAUUGAAAAAUAUGAUCACAAAACGGAUUCAAAAAAAUAUUAACAUACAUAGCUUAACUAUAAAUGCGCAAAUUUUAUCACCCAUAAAUUUUGAAAAAAAAACAUUGUUUAUUGAAGCAUUUCUCUAAUGUAACAUUUUAAUCGACGUUGAAGAAGAAGUGAAGAACGAUCUUUUUUAACGAUAUUCGUUGGCUCUAGUUACAACAAUCUAUUUUUAAAACUGCCAUAACAAACCAAACCGUUCAAAAUUCUAUCGCAAUUUUCAAAUACCAUUAAUUUUAGUUAGUCUUGCCAAGCUACAAAUUUACGUUCUUCACUUCGCAUGUAGAUUGUUUGAUGCAAAUGAACAGUAAAGAUUUUAAUGAACACAAUAUAUAAGCAAUGUAGUGGUAAAAGUUUCCAAUGUAGUUUUCCUUUGAUGAGAACAUAUAAAAAAAACCUACGUCCGACGGUCGUUCUAUUGAUUGUAGCAACAGCGAAACAAGAAACAGUAACCUUUAACGGAUCAUCUCACUAGAUCAGUAAUAGAAGUAAUUUUCUCUGUGGAAAAAUUUUGUGCUGAAUUUUACCUAAAGUAAGUUUAGUUACUAUCCAGUCAUAUAACAUUACUUCAGUCGCGAACAUUCGUUGCGAUCGGAUUUCGUGGUAAAAUUCGAUAAUCAGGUUAAAUUUCUAAAGCAUUUGCCUAGCUAGUCAUGAACCGAUCGCAGGAGUUAAACUAAAGACGAGUACUGGUCAUUUCCUAAAUGCACUUAUUAUUUUCUCAAACUCCUACUCUAAGAAACCAAGUGUUUGAAAAAAUUAAAUACGGAUGUCACAUCUAAAUUUUAUAGGAAUAUCGUUAUUUGUGACUGUAGCGUAAAUUGUAACGAACGUAAUCACAACAAUUAGAAAAUAAAAGUGUUAUAUCUGUUUCGUACCGUGUACUGAAUGGAUUAUUAAACCGUAAUAACAAAAAAAGUCAACAAUUCAGCACAAACACACUGGGAAAGAAUCUUCUAAAUGUUCCUAUUCGAUCCCCACCGGUUUCUGACUGCUUUCUGGAAACAAUACCAUGUAGGUGUUGGCUGUUGGCUCCAGUAAUCAGAACUAGAAACCUUAUAUGUGUUGUUUGAUGAAACAGAGAAAAAGCAGAAGGGGCGUAAUCGUAGUUAUCAGUAAAGACUAAUUGUGCGCAUCGAUCGUUUUGACUUACCUGUUGGUCCGGAAGAAACUUCCGGCCGAGUGCAAUGGCAGAACAAUAUCAAUCAUUAACGAAAUACAGUGAAUGUGUGUGGAAAUUACUACACAAGAGCAUAUAUCUAUACAUACGAGAGAAUCUUUCAAACGGACUUGACGUUGACUACAAUGAAUGAACGCAUACGCUAUGGACAACACCCUAAUGACAAAGCUAUAUCUUAAUCGUAUAAAAUAAAUUAUUGAAUAAACAAAUAA